AAUCAUACUUCACAUUUCGUACAAUAAUUCCCUUGUUUUUGAGCCGCUCCUGUGAAACUAUAUAUAUAGGAAAAUAUACCAAUACCAUGGGUGUGAAGUUUAGACAUGUAGUGAUGAUACUAGUUGUUAUAAGUGCUUCAAUGUUUUCAGUGAGCAUGGCCAAUACGGACUGGUCCUUUGGUUUCAACUACACUGAUUGGUGGUCUAGAUUUGGGAAUCAUCCUCAAAACAAAACACAACAACAAUCCAGGCAGAUUCUCGUGGGUGGUUCUGAGCAUUGGCACUACGGUUUCAACUACACCGAUUGGGCCUUCAAUAAUGCCCCAUUUUACCUCAACGAUACUCUGGUUUUCAAAUAUGAUGCUCCAAACCCCACUAGUUUCCCACACAGCGUGUACAUGUUCAAAAGUUUUGGGAGCUUCUUGAAGUGUGACAUUAAAAAGGCUAAGAUGUUGGCAAAUCCCACGCAAGGCACAGGAGAGGGCUUCAAGUUUGUGUUGAAGAGGUGGCAGCCUCACUACUUUGCCUGUGGCGAGCGAAACGGCUUCCAUUGCAAUAACGGUACCAUGAAGUUUGCCGUGAUGCCUAUGUUUCGUCCUUCCUGGCAGUGGCCAUGAGACAAUUGCUCCCUACGUACAACUUGCUAUAUUUUUGUUUUUCUUAUAUGUAUUGUUUGAAGAUUUUGGCAAAUAAAAUAGUAGUUUCAAAUUGAUUGAUUUUGAUCAAUUUAAUGAUACUACUUUUCAAUAUUGUAAUUCAAUUUGAUGAAAGAUUAUAGGGAGAGCAAGCACUAAAGGAGUUGCUUGUUUGUGCUUAGGCGUAUUAAACAAAUUUAGCUGUCAUAAAAGACACCCAAUGUAUUUUGUUGCUUGUUUGUCCAGAGGACAGAAUAAAUAAAGUUUAUAUUUUGGGUCUA